CUUCUACUUGGAAGUCAUAUAAACUUUUGCAGUCAUGGGUGCGCAACAAUCCAAGUCAGAGCCGGUUAUCUUUUACAACCAAAACGUACCUCUCCAGUUCUCUCAGGGACUUGUGGAUUCGCUCGAGACUCGCACAAAGGUUAGAAGCGCGCCCGCUGCUUCAUCGCAGCAAGUUCGCCCCGAGGAAGUUGAGGAACGUGUCCGUGAACGUGUUGCGGAAGAGUUGAAGCGUGUUCAGGAGAAGCAGGAAGAGAUCAACCAGCGUGUUUACAGUGACAUGGCUAAGAAGAACAUUGAUAAUGACCAAAACUCUGUUGUUUUGGGUGCUGACAUUAACAACAUGAUUGAGAAGAUCAAGAGAACUCCUGCCAAGGCUAUUCCUGCCGAGAUUGCAGAACGCCAGGAAGCUCUUGUUGUUUGCUACAAGAACAACGAAUCUCGUCCAUUGGAUUGCUGGAAAGAAGUCGAGGCAUUCAAGGCCUCUGUUGCAAAAGCCCAAAAGACAUUUGUUGCUGCCUACCAAUAAACAAAUAACCUUUUUUUUAAAUUAUUAUUAUUAUUUCCCAGUUUGGAUAUGGCCUCUUAUGUUUCAUUUUUAAUCUUUGGAACUAAAUAAAUAUUUACAUAUCAUCUUU